AUGGCAGGCCGCGAAGCCAGGUUCAAUCAAACCACCCUCGUAGACACCACUCCCCUCCCAGCUUCGAUCCCAGCGGUGACAGAGAUUGGAGCGAGUUCCGCCCCGUUAUUAAGUGCAAGUUUCUUCAUCGGAGCGAGGUGCAAGGCAUAUAACGAUGAUUUCAUGCAAUGCAAGACCGAGAAGCCGGGAAGAGGAGAAUUGGACUGCCUGAAGGAGGGCAGGAGGGUGACUCGCUGCGCGAAGAGUGUCAUCGAGGAUAUAAACACACAUUGUCUUGCUGAAUUUCGAAAGCACUGGACAUGCUUAGACAACAACAACCAGCAGUUAUGGCAAUGUCGGCCAGCAGAAUGGAAAUUAAACAAAUGUGUAUUCGAUAACCUGAAACUUGAAAAAACUAUCCCAGAUGCACCUAAAGACGAGGUUCCGGUACACCUCCGGAAGAAGCAGCAAUACUCACAUCACGGGCCAUAG